AUGACGACGACGAGACGAUGGUGUUACGCCCCGGUCGACGAUUCGUCCGCGCGGAUGCGGAUGCGGCGCCGUGGACGUCGACGCGGCGUGACGAUGGGCGUCGUGAUCGUCGUCGUCGUCGCGGUGAUGUGCGCGGGGGUACGCGGGAGCGCGGUGCGGAAGGGGGGGGGGGGGACGGGCGGCGACGACGCAACACCCGCGGCGUACGAAUUCGUCGACGAGGACGUGGACGAUCGGUUCGGGUCGAUGAGCGAGGAUGUUUUACGGAAGAUACUCGAGUCGAGCGUGGACGAUGAUCCGGACGACAUGGCGUGGGCGGAUGCGGAUGAGGACGAGGACAUGGACGCGAUCGAGGACGAGUACGAGAACGCGGCGGCGACGGGCGCGGCGACGGGAACGCGCCGCGGGUUCGCGAGGUUAGGGAGUGGGGGGGCAUCGGCGAAGGAACUUAGAAAGAUUAAACGUAUGCGCGCGCGGGUGAAUCGAGGCGCGGCGACGGUGGAGGGGGUUGGCGGUGAUCCGGAGGAGGCUUUGAGGCGCGCGCGAGACGCGUUGGAGGAAGCGACGAUCGAGGACGCGGAGGAAGCUGGAAUGGAUGAUGUCGAACUCGAGGCAGAUUUAGGGGUGAAACCAGUCGUCGCCACGUCGAAACCUUUGACGGUGCGACAGAGGAAUAAUGCGGGAGGACGCCCGGGAACUCGUCGCCAGCAGGCACGCGGCGGGUUUCCGACUCACGUCUCGGGCUCGACGUCAUCAUCUAGCGAUGCGCGCGAGCGCGACGCCGAGACGCGCCGACCGGGAUGGACGCUGAUGUUCAGCGAUGAUUUUGACGGCGGUGCGCUCGAUCUCACGAAGUGGCGCCCAAAACUCAAUCAGAGCGCGCCUGGGUUGGAGCGUCACGGCGGACAGCAACAAUUUUACACGCCCGAGAUGUGCAAAGUCGUCGACGGUGUGCUCGUCAUGGCAACGCGACGUCAAGAAAACGUCAAAAUGCCGGCGACGCCGGGCGCCGAUCUCGGCGAUGGGUCGAAGUAUCCGUUCCUAUCGUGUUGGGUGGACACCAAGCACGCGUUCAAGCAGUUGUACGGCCGGAUGGAGAUUCGCGCCAAGCUUCCCGAUCCCAAGUGUCCCGGGAUCUGGCCCCAGCACUGGAUGUUACCCGAUCCCGAGAAGACGGUGCCCAAGCACGCGUGCUGGCCACUCGGCGGGCAGAUUGACAUUAUGCAAUCGUACGGACGCGGACGCGGCGGUCCGGGCACGAGACCUGGGACGGUGGAAUCGGGAUACCACUUCGCUCCAAAGGCAGAGUGCGGCGCCGAGGGCUACGCGAGAAGCGCGUUCCCUCCAUUCUUGGAGCAGCCCAUUGAUUUUAGCACAGAUUUCCACACGUUCGCGGUGGAGUGGUCCAAGGAGAGUCUGACAUUUUUUGUCGACGACCAUCCCGUGCACCACAUCUCACGCUUCAACGUGCCCAUCAUACCGAGAUGGCCGUUCUACCUCAUCUUGAACACGGCGGUAUCUCCGUUCGGCAUGCCCGCGGCGCUGAACGAGUGCGACGGUGACAUGUUCCACUACGUCGAUUACGUUCGGGUGUACAAGAAGACUUCGGCGACGCUUAGCCCAGACGUAUGGCGCUUCCUCGUCUUUUCCUUUGUCGUGCUGACGACAUUCAUCACGAUCAGCGUUUGUACGCUUCGUCGGGCGUUCAAGAAUGACGGGGGCCGCUUCGAUGAGUACGCCGCUCUGGACACGGAUGACGAGGUGGACCCGCUCGCGUUCGAUGAGCACCUCUACGUCACGCGCGAGGACGACUUCGGCGUCGUACGCAAACCCGUCAAGCCAUUUUCGUACAGCAUCGACGACGACGACGGUUCAUCGCUCAGUCGUCGUCGCGGAUCGUCCGCGUCGACCCCGCUCAUCGGCGGCGACGUCGUCUUGGCGCUUCCGGAUGACGGAACGGGACGGUUCAGAACGAGCGGUCCGUACAUUCGACGACGAGCCAAUCCUCCGAAGAGCUCGCGUCCCGGCGUCGUCGCCGACGUCUGGGCCCGCGACGACGAGUAUUGA